AUGUCAUUACUUUCCAGAGUACUUUUCGGAGUCUUGAAAGGUGUAGCUCUGGUUGUGUUCACUGCCACCGCUGAUGCCUGCUUUUUCCUGUCGGAAUUAGUUGGGAACCUCCUUGUCAUUUCCCUUUGGCUUGACAAGCUGAGCUUUUCCCGAGCCCAGGUAGUUCAAAGAAGGGCAAGCCUGUUGAACUAUAUGCUAUUCCUGAGGCUUACUCCAACUUCGUCGAACAUAUUCAUUAACGUUGUGUCACCUAUUGUCGACGUGCUUUACCGUAUUUUCUUCACAGAAACUUUUAUCAGACUCAUACUCAUUGUAUACAUUACAAUCAGGACAUUAAUAACUCUCGAAGAGUUACAAUCUUCAAACUCUAACACAAUCAAUGAUAUUUACGACAUCAACUUGACCGCCACUCUUUUCCUUAUAGGGAUCGUCUCCGUCACACCGACGCUAAUGAGGAAGACCAAAUCAUAGCAUUUUA